CCAGGAGGAAAUGUGAGGAGACGGAUGAAAGGAGUUCCUAAAUAACAUGAAGUGCUGGUCUGGUACUGGCCACAGACUCCCCUGUAUCAGUGGCAGCCUCCUGGUCCCUCUUUGCAGAGCACAUGGAAAAUCAGCUGCUGGUUUGCAGCUGCCCAAACAGCACCAUGGGCAUUGUCUGGAGGAGACCCUGCCCUGGCUCAUGGCCCUGGCAGCAUCCUCAGCCCUCCAGGGACAGUCUCUGCAGUGCUGGUGCAGCUCUGGAGCAGAGGGCAGCUCCAUGAGGUCCUGACACGGGGCCAUGGCUCUGCUGCUGGCAGUGGUACAAGUGCUGCUGCUUCUGGGUCUGGCUGGGGAGUCCCAGUGCCUCUGCUUGCCCACUGCCUUCUACCAGAACUGCUGGAUCCGGCGCUUCCCAGGCCUCCUGGUGGACCUGCGUGAAUCCCAGAGGAGGGGAGCCCAGCUGCUGAGGGGUUAUGCAGAAAUCUCCCCCCAGCAGUGCAGCAGGACCUGCUGCCUUCUGAGGAACGUUUCCUGCAAUCUAGCAGUGUUCUACCAUGGAGCCAUUCAUGAGAACAGGAACUGCCUGCACAUGUCUUGCCCAGCUUUGGAAAGCUGCAUUCUAAAGGCUGGAGUUGAUGUCGUUUUGUACAACAUCACAACAGGGAUUGAUCCAGAUCUUCUCAUUUUUGAGAAACUGAAAUCCCAAGAGCCAAAUGCUUACUCCUCAGCAAGUAAAUCUGAGAAGCAGCACAGCACAAAGACCUCUGAGGAGGGAAGAUGCCAACAUCACAAUGCCACCACGUCAGGUGCUCCUCUGCUCCGAGCUCCACCUGCUGCCACGAGCCAUGGCUUACAAGCAAACACUCCCACCCCCAGCUGGAGUCUGACAGUGCAGAGAACUGAAGGUACUGCCUAUUCCAGGGCAGAAACUUCCCCAGCAGCCAUUGCUUUUGCUAAGAGGACAAGCAGCAGGUCGGUCACCAGCUCAGACAAGAUUGCACACUCAGCUUUGAGCCCAAAGCCUGCCCAGGUGUUAUCCCAUGUGCCCACCCUUCCUCGCCUGAACAGCAGCAAGCAACACCUCAAUGAAACCAAAGGCUACAGUGGGAGGAAUUCCACGUCGGAUAACGAGCCAGCUGCCUGGGAAGCUGCAGCUUUGGGGGUCUGGCUGAUCCCUGUUGUCCUUUGCUCCUCUCUGCUCUGCCUGUGCUGUUGCACUGUUGCCCUCACAGCCGGGCGCUGCAGCUACAGGAGGGGUCACUAUAAACCAGUAAAGACAAGAACCACCAUGUCCAGACAGCUCAAAAAGUAUGCUCCUGUCAGAGGUAAUCUGUGAAACACCAUCCUGGCUCUGGAACAAACAGGAUUUUAAAAAUGCACCCCAUACACCAGCUUACACCAGAAACCAGAGGUUCUUCUCUCACAGAACCAGUGAUAACUUAGUUCAGAAUAUUUUGGUUAUGAUUUAUUUCUCAGCAGAUGAAGCACAACUCCCUGUCUCUUUAGGUAGAAACACCCACUCACAGCACCCACUGUUUGAAGCAUUUUUUUUUCAUAAUCUGAUGCAGAUUAAUGCCUGACACACACUGUAACACUUUCCCCAGGUUCAGUGCAGCUGCAUUGUUGGCAUGUCUGUGUGGCAGAGAAUUAUUUAACUGGAUGAGAAAUCCUGCUAUAGUUAUUUUUGUGCUUGUUUA